UGGCGUAAAACGUUGGCGACCGUUUGAUCCCCGUCAUUUGUUCAUUUCGGCGCAACGUCAAUAUCAAUCCGUUCUAAAUUUUCAUCCUCCAGUGACGGACACGUCACGUCCAAAUUAAGGGUUAGACAGGGAAGAAGUUUCGUGGUGAUAAAUCUCACCGAAAUUCGAGUUUCCGCUUCUGCUUCUUUUUUUGUGUUUUCUUCGUCCCUCCCCCACGUUUUUUUUUUUUCCUUUCCUUUCGCGUAUUCGACAUAUCCAACGACGCUCGAAUCGUCGGAUCCGGUUGAACUUGGAUCGUGCAACGAGGGAGGGGGAGGAGGGUCGAGUGAGGGACAAAGAUCGAGAGGGGCAAAGGAAGAAGGAGAAACCGAGCCGCGUGCUUGUCACUUAGGAAAUUGAUUAACGAUUAGCUGUGAACGAGAAUCGCAAACAUGCUGUCCGAAAGGAUCAAAUAUGCCAUGGAGCAUUUGUCCCACAAACAGCACAUCUCCCUGUUGGCACGGCCCAACUGGAGAAGAAUCCAGAAGAAACACGUGCACAUUUUGCCGCGACCCUACAGCAUCCGGCGAUCAGCGUUGAAAGCACGAGCAUCGAAAAGAAUCAAAGUGAUGGCCCAGCCGAAACACAUUACGAAAAAAUACGAUCCAGCAAAAGCACCGCCACNNNUUCCGCGUAUCCAUCCGAAAACUCUCGCGGCCAAAACCACGAAACGCAUCAACGACUUGGCACUUCCCACAAAGAGAACACUGUUGGCGAACAUGAGGUUCCCGACCAGCGCCAACAUAGCCAACACACUUUUGAGGGUACAAAAAUCACGUUACCGGAGGUAUCGAUUCUUCUGCAACGCCAGGCAACAGCGAGAGAUAAAGAGGAAGCAAAGGAUAAUGGCGAAAUUGCGUCGAGCGAUCAAACCGGACGAGUGGGAACACCACAUGGAGGUGUUGGAGAUAUUGUCCGCUCCCAAAGUCCCGCCCAAGCCUAGACCCAUCAAGAAGAAGAAAUGGAGGCCGUUCAACGUACGGAGGUUGGAAGAGUUGGCAACGCCGCCCACGAGAGAAAUGCCUGUGAGCAGGGACCCGUUCAAAGUGCCGAUAACCGCUCUCACCUAUAAGAUCAGCAAACGCCUUCUCAAGAUCGCGUUCCCGAAAGUACCGGUGGAGAUCAUGCCGCCUCGUAUUCCCGGCAAGGUUUCCCCGGCCGCGCUCAAGGCCGUAGGUACCUACUUCUCCAAUUUUUUUCCUUUGCCUCCUCUCCCCCCUCCUCACUUCCAACUUGCCACUCAACGCGGACGAAAAAUUUUCGACGGAUCUCGUCGCGUGUGUUUACUUAAAACUGGAGUUGGAAAAUGGCCAAGUUGGAAAAUUCCCUUGUUCGAAAGUUUUCCAUGGGAUUUAACCUUCGCCUUUGGAUGGAGGAGAUCGGUUUAAUUCCCUUCCCUCCUCCUAUUCGACGGGAGCGCGAGACGGCCAAAGUGUAAUUAGAACGAUAUUUUAGAAGCGAUUAAACGACGUUUUACCGACCGAGC